AUUCUAAAGGGGAACGAUCAACUCCGGCGAAAUUGGAAGGUGGAGAUUGUCCGAGGAAAAGGAUUGGUUGAGGAAUGAGGAUGGCAGCCGGGGCAGGAAGGGGAAGCCUGGUGAUGGCAGCGAAUUAUAAGUUGGAAACUAUUUCUUUCGAUGGGUUUCACGGAAAUCCGAAUCAUUUGCAGCGUCGUCUCUCCGCUUCCAAACCCUCCUGGGUCGUCAGAACUGAGUCAAAUGUUUGGAAAGAACAACGUAAGAAGCCAGACCCACCUUGUAUUGUCUGUGGAGGAAGUGGAAGAGUUAUGUGCCACCAGUGUCAGGGAAGAGGCAGGACGAACUUUGUACAUCUAGCAAUGCUUCCAAAAGGGGAGUGGCCAAAAUGGUGUAGGACUUGUGGUGGAAGUGGCCUUGGUUAUUGCUCGCGUUGUCUGGGAAGUGGGGAAUACAGGGAUAUUAUGGGCUUCCAUUUCAUGAAGAUGGAUAAAGAUCGGAUGCAAGAUUCAAAGCAGGAACUUAAGUAACGAGAAAGGCUAUGUGGGACAGCAUACACUUUCUUGCCUUCAGGUAACCUUGUUUUGUAAUUAUCAUCUGAAGCUGAGUUCUGCCUUGU